UUAGUGCUGCUUUUACUUUUCAGAAACGUAUAUUCAAUAUUACAGGCUUGGAGUUCUUUUGUUUUCUCCCUGAAGAGGUAAAACCCUGGGGGAUUUAAGUAUCUACUUGAUAGGCUCACACAAUCUUAAUCAGCCUAUAAUGGAGCUAAUGGCUGUUUGUCAUCCUUGGAGAUAUAAAUUUCCUGGUGAUGUCUACUGCAGUCAGUGCAUGAAGUAUGCUCUGACUGCCAGCAAGGUCUAAUAACCAGGAGAAGGGCAGCCAGCUUCAGCAGUGAGCAGGAGACUGUACUGGCUGCUUUUCUGGGGAACUCUGCUUUUUCAGUACCGAACGGGGGAAAAUGGAUAAUGCUGUUGAUGGCUUGGAUAAGGCUUCAAUCGCUAACUCCGAUGGACCAGCCCCAGGAUCGCAAACUCCCCCCUUCAAGAGAAAGGGCAAACUCUCUACCAUUGGCAAAAUCUUUAAACCUUGGAAAUGGAGGAAGAAGAAGACCAGUGACAAAUUCAGAGAAACAUCGGCAGUGUUGGAAAGGAAGAUUUCGACAAGACAAAGCAGAGAGGAGCUGAUAAGAAGGGGAGUGCUGAAGGAAAUGCCCGAGCAAGAUGGUGAUGUAACAGUAAAUUUUGAAACUUCAAAUGGACACACCGUAGCCAUUGGUGAAGACACCAUACAAGAAGAAAACAUAGUAAAAGCCAGUGGAGAUAAUGGUACUUCAUCAGAGAAAGCUUCUGCAUUGGAAGGAAAAAAAGAAGAUCAAAAAGAGAGCACUACUGAUCACUGCCCAGAAAUACCGGCAUCCCAUGCUCCACCACUACCCAAGUCUAAGCCUAAAUCUAAAAAAGCUCCGCUACCACCAAAAAAUGCUAUUGCUGCUUCAACCACCACCAGCCAUAAGAGUAAUGAAGCAUCUCAUGCUAAAAAAAAGGGAAAGGCUCCUGCUAAGCAGCCUCCUCUCCCACCUCCAAAGCCAACAAGUCACAGUGCAAAUCGGGAAGCUGCUAGUUCUAGUUCCUCACAUGCUAAAAAAGCACCAGUCUCCAAGUCUUCUUCAUCGCCAUCUCCUUCGUCCACAUCAUCUCAUUCCAAAGCCUCUAAGGAGACUUCCAGUAAAUCGGGCACAUCAGGGACUCCCAGGGGCAAGAAGAAAGCUGGGAAGCAGUCAGCCCCACGAACGGCACCAGAUGGGGCAGCUUCUUCCCCCUCAGGUGCCACAGCCAACAGGUUGGAAGUGAAGGCAGAAAAAUCUGAGCCUGAGCAGCCUUCCAUAGUAAUUUCUGAAACAGAGGACGUAGACCAACGGAGCAAGCUGGUUGUCCCCCCUCCUCCCACCACAGCUCCUCCUCCACCUCCACCUCCUUUUCCUGCUGCAGCUGGUCAGCCCGCUGUCUCCUCAGAUGCCCAAGAUGCACCAGAGGGCUCAGUAGCCAGGCCAUCCAUCCCUGGAUCAGAUAUGAAACCUCUUCUCCAGGCUGAGCAAGGCACAGAUGACAACCUGAGCAGUACAGCCCAAGACGGUGGUCCAGAUGCUAGUGGAGAAGACUCAAAAAGCCUGGCUACCAAGGAUGACCAGGAAGCAGAGGCACCUGACCAGACCCACUCUGAACCACUGGAGGAGGCGUCUGAUGCUGCUGCCCCUCCUGAGAGUGAAAGCAGCAGAGAGAGCCACAGCAGCGACUCGGACUCUGACGGGCCGAUCCUGUACACAGAUGAUGACGAUGAUGACGAUGAUGAUAAUGCUAGUGCUGAAAGCUCUUUGGCAAGUAAAAUUCGUCGUAGGGAUACUCUUGCUAUCAAACUUGGCAACAGACCAUCUAAGAAAGAAUUAGAAGACAAAAACAUCUUGCAGUGCACAUCUGAAGAGGAGAGGCAGGAAAUCAGACAUCAGAUUGGAACAAAGCUAGUGAGGAGACUUAGCCAGAGGCCUACAACUGAAGAGCUAGAGCAAAGAAAUAUCCUAAAGCAGAAGAAUGAAGAAGAGGAACAGGAAGCCAAAAGAGAAAUAAAACGUAGACUCAGUAGAAAGCUCAGCCUGAGGCCUACAGUGGCCGAACUUCAAGCAAGGCGAAUCCUGCGGUUUAAUGAGUACGUGGAGGUCACAGAUUCUCCAGAUUAUGAUCGUCGUGCUGACAAGCCUUGGGCCAGGUUAACUCCCGCAGACAAGGCAGCAAUAAGGAAAGAACUGAAUGAAUUUAAAAGCACAGAAAUGGAAGUACAUGAGGAAAGUCGGCAAUUUACCAGGUUUCAUCGUCCAUAAUUGUUCGACCACAUCCCAUGUUUCAUGUAACAAUUUUCUUUGGGGAAAUCAUUGCGUCCUGAAGACCCGAGAUUGCACUGGAACUUGACUGAGUGUGAGCAUGUCUUGCAGCUUGCCCUGAGGUUAAUGAAGGAUAUGGCCCUUGUCUUUAUCAAUGAACAAAUGAUUUGACUAGGAGCAGAACCCACAUGAAGUGUUUGUUUUAACAAAGAUACAUCUUGAUGCUAAGACAGAGGGUGGUCCUGUGACCACCCCACAGAGAGACGUUGAUGGCCUUUUUCCUCGGAGCUUGACAAGUCAGGAAGAGCAGAAGACAAUCGCUUGAGAGCCUGCGGCCAAGAACUCAUCAGAGCUUGUGGCAUUGUGACUGAGGGUAACUCAGGGGGGAGUGUGAAAAGGACUGGGAGAGCGGGGGGAGAGACUUCCCUUGUCAGUCAGGGGUGGGUGGCACUGCAUAGGGAUGCACUUGGCCAGUGGGAGGAAUCAUUUAAAAGAAAAAAAAAAGAAAAAGGAGAGUAUGAGCAGCUGUGCAUGUAGUUUUUAGUGGCCACAGCCUGUCUGAGGAAGACAGAAAGCCACAAGUCCUCAUGUCAUCAGUACUUUAGUGAAGAACUGUAAUUUUCUCUGGUGCCAGUAAAUACAGUUGCCAGAAAUUAGUCCUAUUAUAACUCAGAUGUCUUUUUUAAAAUCCUGAUGAGCAUGCUUCAAGAAAAUACAUUGAAUGUUCAUACAGAACAAGUCAUAUAUUUUUCAUUUUUUAAUGUUGAUGUGCUCUGGAUCCUCGGAAAUACGUAAACAGGAUUCGAAGGACAAAGGACACGCGACACUAUGAAUGCAAUGAAGCGAUUCGUGUUUAGAAACACUCCUUUCCACCUGUCAUUUGUCAUUCAAGCCAGAGGGAUCGCUAUCUUCUGCACCUAUGGCAGGCAGUAGUGGCAGCUUCAACAUCACGCUAGCGUGAGUCUGAACUUAGAAUUGGAACGGGGCACAGAAGUCCUUACUGGCAGGUUUGAGCAGUGGUUGCUGAUGUGAUGUUUUACAUGUAAGAACCUUUGCACUGCUUUUAGGAAGGACUCGGGGGGGAAUCUGUGUCUUCAGCCCGCGGUCUCGUGAAAGCUAACCGAAAAUCCUUAGAGCGUCUGCAGCCUGUUGUUGCUCAGUGUGAAGAAUGCUUCCUAGACCCAUAAUUUUUUAUACUAUCUUGAAAUUGUGUAUGUGAAGACAGUGCUAUUCAAAUUAAGUGGUAUGGAGUGUGAAAGGCAAUACAUGCUUUUUGUAAGUUGGCACAAAAGCCUAUUAAAAGCCUGUGGCAUUGUUUACACUAAGGAAUUCUCUGUCAUAUAUUAGCACUUAUUUAUCCUUUGAAUUAAUGUACACAACAUUUGGGGGGGGAGGGUUCCUGGAAUUCACAUAUGCAUACAUUUAAUGCAGUAUUACAGUAUAUAUGCUAUUUAUCCUUUCUAAUGUGUGUACAUAUUACAAUUUAUUUUUGUCUUUUAUGUGCCCUGUUUAGUUUUUUAAUUAUGAAGUGUAAGUAUUUCUUUUUCAGGCAAUAAAAGGUCUGUGUAGAUGUGAUUCUUACCUCAGAACCUGCAGUAGAUUCUUGUGGAAUGUUUUUACGUUAUAGAAUUGGCGGUUUUGUUGUUUUAGAUGUCAGCCUAAAGGCAGGAAGGCAAUUUAGUUGCUUUAAUUAGAUCUCCCUCUUUCCUGAUAUUUACAGCAAGAUCAGGUUUGCAUAAAUGUGGUGGAUUAUUUUAGUAAAGAGCACUUGAAGUAACAGGAGAGUGCUUUCCAACAGCUGGCAUCCCAUUAUUUUUAAAUGAUUUGACAAACCUUUAAAAAAACACAACAGAUUUAUAUAACUAUUAGAAUUGCUUCCAUCUUAGUAAAAAUCCAAUGACGUACAACCCAAAAAUAUCAAUAACCAAAUAAAAUAGCCAUCUACAUGCUUGUAGCAAAGAAGAGGGAUGAGCACCUUCCUUUUUUAAUGGAAUCAAUGAGAGGCAUUAGGAUUCCAUUUGCAGAAAAGAGUUCAGCUUCUGCAGUGUCCCAUCAUUUUAUAAAUAUAGAAACACCACUUUGACAUCAAGGAAGCAGUGAAAAUGUAUUCUUUGGCACUAAAUUAUACAGAAAUGAUCAGGGCAUUAGAGUGAAGGUUUGUCAGCAAUUCUGGUAGAAUCCUUAUUCUUAUUUUUAGAAUUUGAAGACCAAACUUAAAAGCUUACACUAGCACUUAAUAAAUAAUUCUCCUGCCUAAGGCUUCUUUUUUUUGUUGCCAAAUUUGGAAGUGUGUGUCCAAAAUCCUAUAAAGGUCUACUAUGUUGACUUUUAAGUAUAAAACACAAUACUUCAAAGAAAACAAGUUGGAACAAUUAAGUAGACAUCAGUGCUGCCUUAAUCACUUUCAAACAUUUGGAAGAAGCCAAGAUACACAAGGCAGAAAGAUAGCUGGGGCACAGACCAAGUCGCUUUGGCCAAGGUCAGGUCAGACCAUAUCAGCUUGACAAAAGGUAGCUACUUCACUGACAUGCCAGGGUAUGCAAGGAGCAGUGCAUACAACAGUGAACUAACAUUUGUUAGGCUACUAGGAUGAAGUGAACCAAGUGACACUGCAAGAAGACAUUCCUCCACACCAAACCAGGAACAUGGACAGCAAGAAACAUGCCGCCUUCUCAUUUCAGAACUAAGACACAGCGAUGAGGAUACAACUUCUGUCACAGGCUUUCUCAAGCUGUGUUUUGCCAUAAGGCAUGAGGAUACAUAGGUGAGGCAUCACUUAGGCUAUCCUCCUCCUGGUUUCUUUUUUUUUUAUUAAAACAACAACAACAAAGUAUUCACUACAAGCCAUUGCUACCGGCAGGGUACUAGCCUGGCUGGAGAUGCUGAGUUAUCCUUUAUUUCUCAUGUAAUUUCUUAAUACUUCCAUGAUAAAUAAUCAGAUGCAUUCUUUGGCCCAUGGUUCAGCCAAUUACUUAAGCAAAUGUACAUGUAUGUAACUGGACAAAAAGAGUUGCCUUUAUUGGGACCUUUGUAAAAAAUGUAGUAUAUAUGCAGAAUCAGAACUAUAAACUAUCCAUUGUGUAUUGUACUCAUGCACAGGCUUAGAAUUGUACAUAUUAUUUUUGUAUUCUAAAUAUCAACUGGCAGGACAGCAACAGAUGUAAAAUGUUACCCGUGCAAUAAAAAGUAAGAUUUUGGUAUGUCACUAUGAAGCAUUAUGAAGUUUGCUUUACCUUAUUGAUCUACCUAAAGCAGAGCUUCUGCUAUAUCUUCUGGUCCUCUGAAUUGAUGAUUUUAAACAUCUUCAAGUUGCUACAACAGCCUGUUGGAAAGAACAUGUAAUGUAACUAACUCUCCAUGAUGCUGCACGCCUGUCAGCAGGGAAAAAUCAGGACAAGUUCCGAGAAACUCCUGAGUGAGCAAUCCUUGUGGAAAAAAAUCAGAAGACGUAGAAAGGGCAAAGAAAAAAACAGCACUUCUCAUGCAACAAGUAGUACCAUUGAGCUGGCUAAAAGAGAUCAACAUGUUAAUUUUUACGAGGUUGGACGGUUCAUUUAAAUGUCAUCCAAAACCUGUGAGAAAUCUUAUGCACAUACUUAUGUUCCACAAAGUCAGAUAUGAACUCAGAUGUCUACACCCACACAAGAGAAAACGAGUGGCCUGAAAUUGUGGUUUCUGAACCAACCCCUGGGUCAUGUUUAUUGGCGUGAUCGUGCAUUGCAGCUGUAGGUGUAGGGGAAUGGAUACUUAGGCGAAUCCUAAUUUGUUCUUCACAAAACCAGUUGAAAUGAUUCUAGGAUGCCCGUCUGCUUUCAGGUAGUAUGAAAGUCCUUAUAUUUAGUCCUUAUAAUUGAAAUCUAUUAUUUCAAAUGAAAAACAGAGUAUUUGAAGUUCCUCGGAAUGUGAUAAAUGUGCAGAGUCAACAAGUAGGAAAAAAAAAAAAAAAAAAAAAAAAAAGCUAAAUGCCAGUGAUUAUUUAUGCUAAAAACCAUUUCAAGCUGUGGUUUGAAAUGAUGUAGGACCAGGAGCUGUGUCUCUUCCAAAUCACUGAAUGUAUUCACAGCCACUUGCCAGUCUGCAAGGCUGCAUUUGUUUGCUGGAUUUAUCAUUUGCCUACGGCUCUGCCUGCUCCUUGCUGCAGGGCAGGUACUUUGGGCAGCUCUCUGCCUGGUUAUAAAUAUGGCCUGAGCCCCAGUUUUGUAUCAUAACAGAACAGAUGAUUAAAACAUCAUGUCUAAUCAGGCCAGGCUGGGAUGUGGCAGCCUGGGUGCCCACAGCCCCCAGGACCCCCAGCAGCUGAGCACUGCUGGAGUCCAAAGUAGGGAUGAGAGCCCUUCUCCUCACGUGCGUGCUAAUGCUUUCAUUGUAACAUAAACCAAGCUCAAAGCCUACAUUUGCAUUAAGUUGCCAGGUCUACCAGGACUGUGACAUUUACUGCUUUCACAUCAUCAUUUUUUAUUUGUAUCUCAUGGAGUUAAGAUCUGUGCCGCUGCUGUGAACUAAAAUAAAGAUGUACUCAGGGUGAAAAACAGAAUAAACUUGCCUCCUGCCUUUAGGAGCUCUCACAUUUAACUCUGUUAUUGUUGCUAUCUGUAUUUUUAUUGUACAAAGCUCAGUGCAAUAUUUACUGCUGGGACCUAGCUUUUGAUAGACAACAAAAAUAAAAGCAAUUCUGAAAGUUUUUAUUAGGUUGAUACUAAAAUAUUUCAAGGGUCAAAUAAAAAGAAAAGUAAAUUCCCCAGAACACAUCAAAGUUUCUAUUUAACAGGCACCUGGAAAAAAUAUGGAAGUGUAUCUAUAUAGAAAAAGGGAGGAACAGAGUAAAUACAUUUCACUGUAAUGUUUUGACAGAUUUCUAUUUAUUAACUUUAAUGAUUAAUGAGGUCUUGUUUCAUUUUGUCAGUGUUCCCAUCUUGUUUCAGGAUUUUAAUGGAAAUAGAGCUCAUACGAACUAGAUAUGCCAUUUCACCAAUAUUUCAUUGUUUUCUAGAAGCUAAAUAUUGCAUUGGAUAGGAACAAAGAAAUUAAUGGUAUUCUCUGUAUCUCCUUGUUCAAUCAUUAAUUCUUUAUAUAAAAAGCCUUGCAAUACUAUGUCAAAUUUAACCAUAUUUGAGCAUUGUUAUAGUAAAAUGUUUCUAAACAUAUCUUCUCUUCCUUUCACUACUUUGUGUGGUGGUAUAUUGAUUUGUAAACUUGUAUAAAUUUUGGAAUUAAAGAAAUACUGUGUUUUGGACAA